UCAUGACCUGAGCUGAAAUUAAGACUUGGAUGCUUAACUGACUGAGUCACCCAUGUGCUGCUACUGUGUUCUGUUUCUUGAUUUCAUUCUUAAUUUUUUUUAAAGAAUAAAGUUUUGGUAAAGGAAUUAGAAAUGUUCUAAUUACCAUCUACAUAAUUAGUACUCAGGGCUUAGGUGGGGAACUCAAUAGUUCUUAGUCUAGUAAGAUGUCUUUCCAAGAGAAACUUUUUACAGUUCUUGGGACUGAUUAAAGUACUGAAAUUAUGUUUUGCAUCUACAAUUGAGGAGUCAGUGAGAAAAUGGGUAGGAGAAAAAUAGGGAGUCUCCAACAGUAGUAAUAAUGAGCAGAUCUUGUUACCCUACGUACCUAAUUAUCUUUACUUUCUUAGUUUGUAAACAUGGGUCUUUCUCUAUGGUAGAACUGAAAUUGGUAUGUAUGUAUGUAUGUAUUUAUUUUGAGAGACACAGAGACCGUGUGAGUGGGGGAGGGGCGGAGAGAGGGAGAGAGAGAAUCUCAAGCAGGCUCAGCACUGUCAGUGUAGAGCCUGAAGCAGGGCUCAAACUCAUGAAACCACAAGAUCAUGACCUGAGCUGAAACUGAGAGUCGGACACUUAACCAACUGAAUCACCCAGGCACCCCUGAAGUGGGGUUUUUUGUUGUUGCUUUUAAUGUUUAUUUAGUUUCAGAGAAAGAGAGCGCGAGGGGGGAGGGGCAGAGAGAGAGGGAGACAGAAUCCGAAGCAGGCUUCAGGCUCUGAGCUGUCAGCAUAGGUGUGGGACUUGAACUCACAAACCGUGAGAUCGUGACCUGUGCCAAAGUUAAGACUCUCGAGCCACCCAGGUGCACUAAAGUGAAACAUGUUUUAUGCUUGUCUCUUAUUUCUGUGUCCCUUUCAAUUUUUCAGUGUUCCUUCAGGUUAAGUAUAGAGCUGUUUGUCUUUCUGUCUGUCUCUUUCUUCCAUCCCUCCCCCCUCCCUCCCUCUCUCUAUCCAUUCCUUCCUUCCAGAUAGGAAGAAGAAAGCCAGUAGUACAUAUAAAAAGUUGUGAAAGUGAUGGAGGUGCAUGUCCAACAUCUGUAUAUCAGUUUAAUGGUCUGUGAUUGUUUUUGCUCCCUGGUUUCUUUUUAUUAUCCUUAGAAUUAAAAUGAGAAAAGGAUUGCUCCUUGGCUAUUUAACUCUUUAUAGCAACCAGAAAGUAGCACAAAUGUAAUUGGAGCAAGUGUAGAAUGAACAAAUGAAUCUGAAAACUGCAUUAUGGCAGAUUCAAUGUGGAGAGUAGCUUUAGUAAUUUUCUGCCUACAAAAAACUUGCUAAUAAUAGAUAUAUACCAAACUAACUUAAUAAUUUAAAUAAAAAUGUGUUUAUUUUGAGGGAGAAAGCAGAGGCAGGGAGAGAAGGAGAGAGAGAAUCCCAAGCAAGCUUGGUGCUGUCAGUGCAGAGUCCAACGCACGGCUCAAACUCAUGAACUGUGAAAUCAUAAUAGCCAAAAUCCAGAGUCAGACACUUAACUGACUGAGUCACCCAGGCCUCCCAAAAUAACUUAAUAAAUUGGAGUAAUUUCACCCAUCUAAUAAGAUUCUUUUAAAAAGUUUAUGUAAAUAAGGAAAAAUGUAUAGUCAGUCAUGUUAGUCUCAAAUGUGCAUUACAAAAGGGAGAUAGGUUAAAGUAAGUAACUUUAAAAGGAUUUUUAAUUUUAACACCUAACACUAUUAUGGUUUCUGUGAAAAUAAUAAACUACUGAUGGCAGUGUACAUUUUUAUCUUGGGUAUGACUUUAACUGUUGCAUUGAAUGCAUAAGAAUGCUUUAUAUUCUUUAUUCAGUACUGCAGACUCAGUUCUAGCAGUUUAUUCAAAAGAAAUGAUUCAAAAGUAAAAAAGGUAGGUGGAAAAUAUUUACUGUAGUUUUAUUUUUAUUUUAAUAACAGAAGAUUUGAUAUAUCUAAGACAAAAUCUGGAGUCUUUGGUCCUUUCCUAGGGAAUGGCAGAUUUGGACUGAGUGGUGUCAGGCUCAGUCCGGUUGCUCUCCUGACCGGAGCCAUAAACUCGGAAGCUAUGGAGGCCAUGUCCUGCCAAGUGUAGAAGGAAGUAAACAAAGCCUGGGAGAGGAGCCACUGGAAGUGGGGAAAUGGUCUGUACAAUAUGUCAAGAAGAGUAUUCAGAAGCUCCCAAUGAAAUGGUUAUAUGUGAUAAAUGUGGCCAAGGAUAUCAUCAGUUGUGUCACACACCUCAUAUUGAUUCCAGUGUGAUUGAUUCAGAUGAAAAAUGGCUCUGUCGACAGUGUGUUUUUGCAACAACAACAAAGAGGGGUGGUGCGCUUAAGAAAGGACCAAAUGCCAAAGCAUUGCAAGUCAUGAAGCAGACAUUACCCUACAGUGUGGCAGACCUUGAAUGGGAUGCAGGUCAUAAGACCAAUGUCCAACAAUGUUAUUGCUACUGUGGAGGCCCUGGAGACUGGUAUUUAAAGAUGCUACAAUGCUGCAAAUGUAAGCAGUGGUUUCAUGAGGCUUGUGUGCAAUGCCUUCAAAAGCCAAUGCUAUUUGGAGACAGGUUUUAUACGUUUAUUUGCUCUGUCUGCAGUUCUGGACCAGAAUACCUCAAACGUCUACCAUUACAGUGGGUAGAUAUAGCACACCUAUGCCUUUACAACCUAAGUGUUAUUCACAAGAAGAAAUACUUUGAUUCUGAACUUGAGCUCAUGACAUAUAUUAAUGAAAACUGGGAUAGAUUGCAUCCUGGAGAGCUGGCAGACACACCAAAAUCUGAAAGAUAUGAGCAUGUUCUGGAGGCAUUAAAUGACUACAAGACCAUGUUUAUGUCUGGGAAAGAAAUAAAGAAGAAGAAGCAUUUGUUUGGGUUGCGAAUUCGUGUUCCUCCUGUGCCACCAAAUGUGGCUUUCAAAGCAGAGAAAGAACCUGAAGGAACAUCCCAUGAAUUUAAAAUUAAAGGCAGAAAGGCAUCCAAACCUAUAUCUGAUUCAAGGGAAGUAAGCAAUGGCAUAGAAAAAAAAGGAAAGAAAAAAUCAGUAGGUCGUCCACCUGGCCCAUAUACAAGAAAAAUGAUUCAGAAAACUGCUGAGCCACCUUUGGAUAAGGAAUCAAUUUCAGAGAAUCCUACCUUGGAUUUACCUUGUUCUAUAGGGAGAACUGAGGGAACUGCACAUUCAUCCAAUACCUCAGAUGUGGAUUUCACGGGUGCUUCCAGUACAAAAGAAACUACCUCGUCUAGCAUUUCCAGGCAUUAUGGAUUAUCUGACUCCAGAAAAAGAACUCGUACAGGAAGAUCUUGGCCUGCUGCAAUACCACAUUUACGGAGAAGAAGGGGUCGUCUUCCAAGAAGAGCACUCCAGACUCAGAACUCAGAAAUUGUAAAAGAUGAUGAAGGCAAAGAAGAUUACCAAUUUGAUGAACUCAACACAGAGAUUUUGAAUAACUUAGCAGAUCAGGAGUUGCAACUCAAUCAUCUAAAAAACUCCAUUACCAGUUAUUUUGGUGCUGCAGGUAGAAUAGCAUGUGGUGAAAAAUACCGAGUACUGGCUCGUCGGGUGACACUUGAUGGAAAGGUGCAGUAUCUUGUGGAAUGGGAAGGAGCAACUGCAUCCUGACUGUAGGACUGAACAUUAUGUUCACUGCACUCUCAUUCUCUGUAGGUACAGUUCAAAGUCCUAAAGGAGUCUGGCUUUUACUAUCUUUCUUAAAAAAAAAAAAAAAAAAAGUCAAAAAAAUUCACAAAAGGAGAUGAUACUAGCCUUAACAUGUACCUGUCAAUGUUAUGGAUAUUGUCAUAAAAAAGAUAUCUUUUAAAAAUCAGAACAGAGACUUAAUUUUUUAAAUCUUAAGAUUUGUAGAAUGUUUCUAGGAUAGGAUAUUAAAAAUGAUUCAAAUCCAUGCAUGGUGUUAGAUAAUUUUUCUAAUUAUUCCAUUGAGUCAGUUUUUGUGAUUAGUGGUUAUCAGAUCAAACAGAUCAUGUAGAUAGAUAGCACAAGUAUAUGGAGAAACGUUGUCUGUUUUGUUACCAAAAUGUUGGAAAAAAUUUAUUUCAAUACCUUUCAGAUUUCAUAAAGUGCAGUGUAUAUAAUGCCUACUAAAAGACUGUAAAAUAUUGAAAUUUUCUUUCACGCAAAGUGUAAAAAAAUAUAUUGAGCCUGUAAAUUGCUCUGUGACUAGACUUCAUUGUCGUCUUAAUAUAUUCUUUGCAUGUGCAUAUAUGUACACAUGUGUGUAUAUAUAUGUGUGUGAUUAUGUGACCUAUGCAAUACAAAUUAUGGGAAUGGGCAGCUUUGGAGUAUAUAUCCCAUAAUUCUUUUUUCAGGAAUAGUUGCAGUAUUUACACAGCAGCAUUUCUUCUCAGGCUUUUAUUGGGUGCUGUUGCUUGCUAUGUAUGAAGAGAAAUGUGUCAAACAAGUUUAAAGUUUAGUGUGUUCUGAAGAAGGGUGUGAACAACAGUGUUCAUGGGCUUUUAGAAUGCUUUUCACUUUCAGUCCUUGUAACUCAGCUGUUCAGUACCUAAAACCAAUUCAAAUAAUAUGAACAUUAUCUCCUACUAGAAGUAACAUUUUCAAGUUUUCAUGGCACAUUAUGAUUGUAAAUGUCUCUCAGUUUUAACAGUAAGUCUAUAGGAGUCCCGUGAAGAUUCCUGAAAUGUCUGUAGUAACUGUUAGUCAUGUUGAAUAAGUGUAGUAUGAACAAAGUAUUUUAUUGCACAGGGUUAACAAACAGUAUGUUGCCUGACAAGGCUACUGCUGUUUUAUUACAACAUUACCUCUUGUUUUUAUAAAAUGUACCAAGAUUUAAAUUGAUAACUUUAUUUUACAUGUAAAAAAACAGUUUCUUUUAUCACCAGUGUUAGAGUUGUCUUCUGUUUCUUUUUGUUUUGUUUUGUUUGUUUGUUUUCUUUUUUAGCCAAAGAGUAAACAGAAGAAUAUUCUUAUUUUGGUGGCUGUUCAUUUUACUCUUAAAAGUGAUUGGUGGAUUUUAGCCUAAAAAUUGGGGAAUUUGCCGCCAAAAUGAAAAAUAUGUAAAGUGUAGUGGUUACAGAGCGGUAAAAAUGUGGGUUAGUACUUAUUUAUUCCAUUGAUUGAUUAUUUGACUGUUUAUAAAGAAAGUUGCUUUAUUUCUUUAAACAUCUUCAAAAGAUGACCUUUUCUUGUCACAUUAUAGCCAAAAGAAGCAGAGAACUUCGUUGUCCUGCAUUUGGUUCCUGGUUGGCCAGGUAUAAAUGAGCUUUACAAAAGUGCAAAUUAAAAACUGUCACUUCUGUUUACCUCCACCAAAACUUGAUUUUCCCCUAGCUAUUAAUUUAAAGUUGCCUUUCCUGCAGCUGCAAUAUUUUGAAUAACACACAGAGUUUGUGUUGAUUUUGAAUGUUUGUUUAUAUCUAGGGGUAAUGGAAAAUGUAAAUCCCGUGUAACCUUAUUCACUCCACCUGUAUCAUAUUAUUUCAUUUUCCCCAAAGUCCUUUAAUUCUAACUGAACACCAGCAGUAUUUUUAGUAACUCUUUCUUUAGUAUACAUGGAAGAUGAUUUAUUAAGCUGAACUGUCUUUAGACGUAAUUAUUGUGAAUGUCUGUUUUAUUUUAUCAUGGUGGUUCACAUGGCUCUGAUGUUCAGUUUGUAUUUUUGGAAUUGCUUUACUUAGAAUUAAAACAGACCAACAUUAAAUGUGUGUAUUUUUUAAAGA